AUGUACUCUAAUGUUAUUACCUCUGACAAGGAGGUGCUCAGUGCUGCCCAGUAUCAGCUGCUCCAGUGUGCCACCCCUGAGGCUGUGGUGAGGUUGGAGAAUACCAAACUUAGGGCCCUGCAGGAAGGAAUAUGGGACCAGUAUUGUAAACAGCAGAAACAUGAAAGUCUGCUGGAAUAUUUGCACCAUGAAAUUAUGGAGAAGAAACCACAUGACAGUGUAUUUGUGCAGGUCACAACCCAUUCCAAACUGCUUUCUAUAGAUGAUGAAAAAGAAAUAGCAAAAGUUCUUAAGCUACCACCAGCAAACGUCAGAUCAUUGGCACUUCAAAAUUUUGGCACAGAACAAGAAUUUGGAAGAAAGAUAAGGCGUUUUUUCAAUGAUGUCAAGAAAAAUGAUACACUUUUGUUUGUCCAAUGUGAUUCUGGAGACCAAAAUGGCAGCCUGAUAGCAUGUGCUCGCUACUGUGUGAUGGAUGAAUUUGCACAAGCCAGGGAAAACAUGGGUAGUAAAAUCCACGUGGUGUUUGUUGUACAAUUGCCCAGAGUUUCUGGUGGAUGUUUUGUAGGCUUUCAGGGUGGCAAGUGGCUCUCAGUGCACAUUGAUGACUUGAGGCCAGAAACGAAUCAAUUGCCUUCCUUGGGCAACAUGAUGAGAAACUCCAUUGGGACAUUAUUUAAACAGUCAGUUCACCAAGGUAGAACCCAUGGACCUCAGAGUGGCAUCAUAACAAGGCAGGAUCUGGCAGAGAGGAUGGAACAGAUACAGAAAAGGGAACGGGCUCCACAUCCAAGUGAUUCUGGUAUAGUCUUGGAGUCUGAAGUGAACAACACUGAUGAAGACUCUCUGAUGGACACAUCAGAAAGUCAAUUUAGCCGAGAUGUUGAGAUGGAAAACCGAAGGGCAAGUACACCCAAAAAAGAGAAUUCAGUGCAGGUAGAUCCUGGAGAGGAAUUGCCCACAACUGAUGUGAGGAUGGAGGAAGAUGUGGAAAGAAUGGAAGUUGAAGAUCAUGAAAGUGAUUUAAGGGGUCUUGACUACAGUGCACUGAUAAGAAACUGUGUCCAGGGUGCUGCAGCCAUGUUGAAAGAGGAACAUGCGGAAAAUGCGCAGCGAACCACUGAGAGAAUACAAAUUUUAUUGAAACUUUUAUCUAUCAGAAAAAUGAAAGGACAAGACUGUAGAACAUUUGCAGAGGUUGUUGGAUGGAGAGUUUCGUUGCUGCUCAGUGAAAAGGAGGAGAAAGUUAUGCUGCAAGGAAGAGCAGCUAACUGGCUGAGAAAUGAAGCAGCUUCCAUGGAUAUGAUCCACAAAGCAGGAACUUUUAGACGAUCCUCAUGGCAGUGUAUCCAACAAAAAGUCACACCUAUGCUGGCCGGAAUAGUAGCCCUGAUGGACACCAACUCCAACUUGAAUAUUCUCCACGCUCACCAAGACUUGACCCACUGGAUGCAUCAGUUAUGGUUAGAACUGUUGGACAAUGAGAAUGCCACUGAACUGAAAUACCAAAGAGAUCUCAGGUCCCCAAAAUUGAAUGCUGAACUCACUGAAAUGGUAGUAAGAACUAUUGGGUGUGGGCAAAUGUUCUGUAACCAACUGCCAUUUUCUUGGGUGAUUUAUCAACAGGUGGAAAAGAUGCUGCAUCAAGUGAAGAAAUUGGAUCAAGUUAACCAACUUCAGAAAACUCAAGAAUUAUUUGAGGAAUGGCACACAGGGAAGAUUGUUACAAAUUACAUGAACAAAGCUCAGAAUGUGGCUGAAGAUAUUCUAGACUUGUACCUUACUGACUUUGUACAUAUGAUUCACAAGGAGUCUUCAGAUGGAGAAUGCCAGGUAAUGGUACAUGCCCUCAGGUCUGCAGCAUUUGAAACCAGACAGAGAUUCUACAAUGAACAGGCUGUCAGCAUGCUUCCUGAAAAAGAGGCAGAAAGGUUCCACCAAGCAAUGAAGUUUGGUUUCACAAUCCCCCUGGUUCAUCUAGCCUAUCACUCUGUGCAAAGUAGACUACAACAUCUGAGGCAGUUAUUCCAUCUUUUGCCAGAUUUGGCUGCCUCUCUGCUGAAUGUUAUUGGUAGAAGCCAGGAGAAUGAAAUGAACAUUGAUGUCCUAGGAUUAACAUACUGCCUGGAAAACCUAGAACCUCACACCGAACCUCUUGAAAAUCAAAACCAGAGAAAUGGCUGGCUUGACAAGGUCCAAAGGUUUAAACCAACAGUAGAGAGAAUACUACAGUCAGUGUGUCAGGACUCCUAUCAUUAUGGAGAGAAGAGCAGACAUCACCUCCUACAGUGCAGAUACAUGUGGAACAGGUUGCUUGCCUUGCACCUCUUUGUAGAACAUGUUUGUCCCCGUGGGGUAAAACGAGAAGAUCUUACUGUAAAAAGAUGCAUGCCUUUUUGGAUUAUGCUGUCUAGAGAGGAGAAGACUGACUUUAAAGAAGUACCUUCAAUGGAAAAAGUGAAGAAGUUCCUUGAGAGCUGUAACAUCAGUGCUAGUAAACAUUUUUUUGGAGAACUUGAAAAGUGCAAGUAUUGUGAAGAGCCAAUGCAAAACCCUGUGAAGUUGCCAUGUGGUCACAUCUUUUGUCAUGCCUGUCUGCAAGAACGUAGAUAUGCUGAUAUCAAUGAAUGCCCAGAAGGAGUGUGCAGAAAAAAGUUUGGUGCAGAUAUGGAACUGAAGACCUUAUCAGACUUUAGGGACAAGAUAACGGCUCACAAUGAGUACAAACAAAGGUGCAAUGCAUUUUUCAUGGCCCUGGUGUCCCAGCUGUGUUUUAAUGAAAACAUUCCUCCAGAACCUGGUGUGGUUAGGAUGCUUCUCAGUUGUGUCACCAAGGAGUCCCAGCUUAAAACUGGCACUAAAGAUUUCAAUUUGUUUGAUGUCUGCAUUGACCCUUCUCCUGUGAUUAGGAGUUUCUUGCUCCAGCUGCUUCUGCGUUCAGGUAUGGAUCAAGUUAAACAAUAUCUUCAGGAAUAUUUUGACCAAGCAAGAAAAUUCACCCAAGAUGGAUCCCAAACUUUAGAGCUGUGUAUGCUUUGUAUUCAGUGUAUGGAGGAUUCCUUCCAUAACAACAUUUCCCAACAUGGAAGCAGUCUGACAGCCAGAGCAAACAUGGUUACAGCUUAUUUGAAGAGAGCCCCCCUCAUGAUAGGAGGAAGCAUUAAAGAGAUUGACUGUAUUGAGGCCAUUGCUUUGAGUAGAUUUGGUCUUGCUGUAACGGCAGGUAUAAUGUUCUCAACAUUUGUUGAGAGUGGAAGGAAAAUACCUGAAUCCAGAGAAUUGAGGGAACUGUUUGAUGCAGCAGGGAACCUGUGUGAUCAGGUCAGAUGGGCAAAAAUAUUUUUGGUAAAACAGAUUUGCAGAGUACACGGCAUUGAGGCCCUACAGACAAUAACUGAAGUCCCCUACCUGGCAAGAUGGAUACUGCCCCCAGAAGCAAGGCAGAAGGUCCAUGAUGACAAAGACAUGUAUCUGAUAUGUGGUCCGCUGUAUGAGCAUCUGAGAGAGACUGUGACAAAAGUGGUCCUUGGGGAAAGUGUGGGUCUUAUACAGGAAGUUCUGAAUGGAAGCAAUGAUGGGGUACCUUUGAAAGAGACAAGCAUGUUACUUGCCUUGUACAGAGAGGUGACCACAAGUUACAUACAUGGAGAUCCAAACAGGCUGCCAAGUCAAGAGGUGCUACAAAAUCUGGAGCAGUACUACCACCAGCUGUCUAUAUUCCAAAUGAAGACUUUCUGUCAGAAGAUCCUUUCCAACCAAAUUGGUCAAGGCUGUCCAGAGCUGACAAUCACCUCUGGUCAAGACAGGCUUCACCAGCAGAUGUCAGCACUGGUCAUCCAUGCCAUGGUGAUAUACUCAGUGAAAUGUACCACAAACAGGCAAAGAGGAAUACUUGAACCAUUCCUGAAAAUGUUCCAAAAGCCACAGGAUAUGAAAACUUCCUAUUUCCCUACAAUGCCACAAGAUGAACUGAGUGAAAUAAGAGAAGCAGUCCAUAGUGGGAGGACAGGGGGACAGGCAGAUACACUGUGGGUUUGUCCUAAUGGACACCCAUAUGUCAUUGGAGAUUGUGGGAACCCUUCAGUGGAGGCUCAGUGUAAAACUUGUGGAGUAAUUAUAGGGGGAAGAGGUCACAAUCCAGCCCAAGGAAAUGUCAGAGCAAGAGGAGAUGACCAGACACAACCUGGACACAUUCUUGGCUAUGCCAGCACCAGAAAUACAACUUCAGAACCAAUGAGAGGAAUCAGUGCAGUGCAAGCUGCUAUCUUGAGGAUGACAACACAUAUCACCAUGUUUGUUGCUGCAAAUAGGGAACCACAUUGGUCGGAAUAA